CAAGAUCCGCUACCUUUUUGGUUACAGAGAGUCUCACCUUGUCGCCGUGGCCUUCUUAAUGUGAAAGAGUAUCAUCAUAUAGCAUUCAUCGCACGCAUUCUCUGUGAGGAACCAUGUCCUCUGUAGACAAUGUCGAAAACGGUGUAGGAAAAUUGCAUUCAUAUCAGGUUUACUACAUAAUCACCAACAACAACGAGGCUGACUUGGAUCAGGAGAACAAUUUGCAAACGAUUCCGACGGCCGUCGACAGUGAGCUUACGAGAAAACGACGGAAAGUAGAGGCAAUAAAAAUGCAAGGACAAGUUCCGGUCACGCAGCAAGUUCAAGGUGGUUCCCCGCAGGGCUCCGUGGCUGCCCAGCAACAACAACAGAAUAAUAUUUCCGUGAAGAUGGACCCAACGAAUCAGCUGUCUUCCGCAGGUUUACUGGAGCUUGCACAUCGAGAGUACCAAGCAGUGGAUUAUGAAAACGCUGAAAGGCAUUGCAUGCAGCUGUGGCGGCAAGAGAGCAACAACACUGGCGUACUUUUGUUGCUAUCAUCAAUUCACUUCCAAUGCCGUCGAUUGGACAAAUCGGCUCAGUUUUCUACCUUGGCGAUCAAGCAAAACCCAUUGCUUGCCGAGGCGUACAGCAAUCUGGGAAAUGUUUAUAAAGAACGCGGACAGCUGCAGGAAGCUCUAGAGAAUUACCGUCAUGCCGUGCGUCUGAAGCCCGAUUUCAUCGACGGGUACAUCAACCUGGCAGCCGCACUGGUUGCAGCCCGUGACAUGGAACAGGCAGUUCAAGCGUACGUUACCGCUUUGCAAUAUAAUCCGGAUCUGUACUGCGUUAGAAGUGAUUUGGGCAAUCUACUGAAAGCUCUUGGUCGGCUCGACGAAGCAAAGGCAUGCUAUCUGAAAGCCAUCGAGACCCGACCUGACUUUGCGGUUGCAUGGAGCAAUCUGGGCUGCGUGUUCAAUGCACAGGGCGAAAUAUGGUUGGCGAUACAUCACUUCGAGAAGGCGGUCGCCCUCGAUCCGAACUUUCUCGAUGCUUACAUCAACCUGGGCAACGUGCUGAAGGAAGCCCGGAUCUUCGACAGGGCCGUAGCUGCUUACCUUCGGGCGCUGAACCUGUCGCCAAACAAUGCGGUCGUCCACGGAAAUCUGGCGUGCGUUUACUACGAGCAAGGGUUGAUCGAUUUGGCCAUCGAUACGUACCGCCGCGCGAUCGAUUUGCAGCCCAACUUCCCGGACGCUUACUGCAAUCUAGCGAACGCACUGAAGGAGAAGGGCCAGGUGAAGGAAGCGGAGGAGUGCUACAACAUUGCCCUGCGUCUGUGCCCCAACCAUGCCGAUUCGCUCAACAACUUGGCCAACAUUAAGCGCGAGCAGGGCUACAUCGAGGAAGCGACGCGUCUCUAUCUCAAGGCGCUCGAAGUGUUUCCCGAGUUUGCGGCGGCCCAUUCGAACCUGGCGUCGGUGCUACAGCAGCAGGGCAAGCUCAAUGAAGCGCUGCUGCACUACAAAGAAGCGAUCCGCAUUCAGCCCACCUUUGCCGACGCGUACUCUAACAUGGGCAACACACUGAAGGAAAUGCAAGAUGUGGCCGGCGCACUGCAGUGCUACACGCGCGCCAUCCAGAUUAACCCGGCUUUUGCCGACGCGCACAGCAAUUUGGCCAGCAUACACAAGGACUCGGGCAACAUCCCGGAGGCGAUUCAGUCGUACCGGACCGCGCUCAAGCUGAAGCCGGAUUUUCCGGACGCGUACUGCAAUCUGGCGCACUGUCUGCAAAUCGUGUGCGAUUGGACCGACUACGAGGUGCGCAUGAAGAAGCUGGUGGCCAUAGUGGCCGAUCAGCUGGACAAGAACCGUUUGCCAUCGGUGCACCCGCAUCACUCGAUGCUGUAUCCGCUGUCGCACGAGUUCCGCAAGACGAUUGCGGCGCGCCAUGCCAAUCUCUGUCUGGAGAAGAUCAACGUGCUGCACAAGCCACCGUACAAGUUUGGGCGCGAGCUGAACGGUGGCCGCCUGCGCAUCGGAUACGUGAGCAGUGAUUUCGGCAACCAUCCAACGUCUCACCUGAUGCAAUCCAUUCCCGGUCUGCACGAUCGUUCGCGGGUUGAGAUCUUUUGCUACGCGCUCAGCUCCGACGACGGAACCACGUUCCGGGGGAAGAUAAGCCGCGAGUCGGAGCACUUCAUCGACCUGUCGCAGGUGCCGUGCAAUGGCAAGGCAGCCGAUCGCAUCCACGCCGACGGCAUUAACAUUCUCGUAAACAUGAACGGCUACACCAAGGGCGCGAGAAACGAAAUUUUUGCCCUUCGACCGGCCCCCGUGCAGGUUAUGUGGCUCGGUUACCCGGGAACGAGUGGCGCCUCGUUCAUGGACUACAUUAUCACCGAUCCCGUAACGUCGCCCCUCUCGCUCGAGGCACAGUACAGCGAGAAGUUGGCUUACAUGCCGCACACCUACUUCAUCGGUGACCAUCGGCAGAUGUUCCCGCACCUGAAGGAGCGCGUCAUCGUGAGCAACCGGGCGCAGAACGCUUCGCUUGCCGAUAACGUGGCCGUCAUCAAUGCGACCGAUCUGUCGCCGCUGGUCGAGAGCACCGAAGUGAAAACGGUGCGCGAGGUAGUGCAUUCCAACAAACCGGUGGAAAUUCAGCACAAAGUAGCGGAACUGCCGACGACGACACAGAUCGAAAAUAUGAUUGCCAGUGGCCAGGUGCAAACGUCGUUAAACGGAGUGGUGGUGCAGAAUGGGCUGGCAACGACCCAGACCAACAACAAGGCCGCAACCGGCGAAGAGGUCCCGCAAAACAUUGUGGUAACCACCCGCCAACAGUACGGUCUGCCGGAUGAUGCGAUCGUGUACUGCAACUUUAAUCAACUGUACAAGAUCGAUCCGCUGACGCUGCAAUCGUGGAUCUACAUACUGAAGCACGUGCCCAACUCUGUGCUGUGGCUGUUGCGCUUCCCUGCCGUCGGCGAGUCCAACAUUCAGGCCACCGCCCAACAGAUGGGCAUCCCGGCUGGGCGAAUUAUUUUCUCGAACGUUGCCGCAAAGGAGGAGCACGUCCGCCGGGGGCAGCUGGCCGACGUGUGCCUAGAUACGCCGCUCUGCAAUGGCCACACGACUUCGAUGGACGUGCUAUGGACGGGAACGCCGGUCGUAACGUUACCGGCAGAGACGCUUGCCUCAAGGGUGGCCGCAUCGCAGCUGGCGACACUAGGAUGCCCGGAACUGAUCGCCAAAUCGCGCCAAGAGUACCAGGACAUUGCGGUCAAGCUUGGCACCGAUCGCGAGUAUCUGAAAGCGAUUCGGGCACGUGUUUGGAUAGCGCGCUGCGAAAGCCCCCUGUUCGACUGCAAGCAGUACGCGCAAGGGCUGGAAGCCGUGUUCUACAAAAUGUGGGAACGGUUUGGGCGCGGCGAACGGCCCGAUCAUAUUUCGGCCAAACAAAAGUAAAACCCGCCCCCCACGACCCAAGCGGGAGAGGAUUUGGCGGAACACGGCGCCGACACUCAUGGUGCAGAGUUAGAGGCACAUGUGUUGCCCUCUCUUCUAACACCCUCGAUGGCUUUUAAUUCUUCUCUUUUCGGUUUUCACGUUUCGAAUAUACGCACGCACGCACGCACGACUGUUUGCGCAAACGUUUCAAUGGCGCCACGGGCUUCGGUGGUUUUAACGGAAUGGGUUUUGUUGCUAUUUUUGUAAGAUUUUUCCUAUGUUAGGACGUAUGUUUAGGGCGCUAGCUAGCAGAAGGGACUUGUUUUCUUUUCUUUUUUCACACAAAACCACAAAUCGCAAGCGGAGACGGGCGGUUAAUAAGUUCAAGUUAAUUUCAAUCAUUACAGCAUUUCUCUUACAAUUGAAACGUGCGGACACAUAGCGAAAGUAUCGGUCCGAUUAGAUUGCUACGUUUUCUUCAUUAGAUAAAACUGUGUGUACAUACCGCUAGAUGAAGUUUCAUCAACAAUAAAUUUAUAGGACAUUCGACUUCCCAGUUCUUUGUUUCGUGACCACACUUGAUUAGCUACACACAAAAUGUUUUGGGCUGCCAAGGAAGAAGUGUGUGAUGUCGUGCGUAAGGAAACGGUUUUUUCAAAACACGUUCUUGCUAUUAAUGCGGAUUUUUUAUAGUGUACAUACUUUUCUUUGUCGUAACAUAACUAAGGAUGAAUUAUAAUCCGCAGAUUGGAACCAUCGUAGGAUGGUGGUCAGUAGUACACCUUCCAUAAUUGACACAGGCGGACGGACAUGUAACUUUUAAGGCAUUUCGAAUGUAUGUUACUAUAGAAAAAAAAACAGAAACACGUUUAC